GAUAUGCACAUGAAUGGGUCACAUAACGGAAUCUCAGCUAACGGAGCCAUGACUUAUCCAUUUUUAGCUUGGUGUGUGUGAUUUCCCCAAGGCCAGUUGCACAAGAACCAGCAAAGCAACCGACGUCUAUUCAAGGCUAGACGGCGAGUGGGGCCCUGGAGAGAGAAGAAGGCCUGCCCUCUUGCUGGGCGGGUGAUGGGCGUGCUCUGUCCCGCUUGCUAUGCUGCCUCCCCGCCCAAGGAGGCUCGGCUCGGUUCGGCCCGGCCCAAGGAGGGCUUGGAAGCCGGUAGGAGGUGGAGGGAAACAGCCCGCUCCGUCUUGCAAAAGUUUCUGGUGGGCCUGCAGCGCGGGAAGAGACCAAAAGAGGAGGAGGAGGAAGGCGGGGUGACGGUGCCAUGGAGAUCGGCCGGCGACCAACCCAGAGCGAAUCCCUUUCCGUCGUCGAGGAAGGAAGGAUCCCGCGGGAUCCAGGACUGAGGAGGAGGAGAACUGGGGAGCAUGUAGGGUCAGCUAGUCGCGGGGAAGCAGUCGGAGGAGGCGGAGCAGGCCGGACAUAGCGGCUCAGAGAGACGCCCUCGGAAGAGUCCAGGAAGGAAGGAUUUCUUGGAAGUUGUAGGGGAUUUUUUUUUAAAUAAAGGGGGGGGUUGUCCCUGGAAAGACCCUUUUCCUGGACUCUAUACCUCCCCCAAAAGAGACGACUGGGAGGGAGACCACCCACGUGAAAGGAGGAGACAUUAAGCAAGCCUUAGUUAAGUUGCUCUCACUUCAUUUUAGAAUUUUUUUUGAUGCAAUUGAGGUGGGGGACCGGUGUCCCUUUUCUAGUGAAUAGCAGCAGCGAGGUUGCAGCCCGCACACACACCCCGCCGGGGUUGGCACUAGAGGCUGCAGACCCACUUUGGACCUGUUGGCCCCAAAACCAUGGCAUGGUCCGGCUGUGGUCCCAGCUGCAACGCACCUUGGCCACCUCGCUACCGUUAUUGGGACCUAGCCUUUGCCUUGAUGGGCACGGCUGCAUUUCUGGUGGACCUGGGCGCUGACGCAUGGGUGGCCGCCAGCUACUUGAAGGCUGGGGACUACCACUGGGGUGGGCUGGUGUUGGGGCUGUUGGCUUUGUCGUCGCUGGCAACGCAGUUCUUCAGCUGCGCCUGGUACUGGAGUGACCCCCCAGAGCUGAUGGAAGCACUGCCCACACGGCGGACCCUCCUUGUGUUACACAUCCUACAGCUGGGCUACCUGUACAGGUGUUUCUAUGUUCUGAAGGUGGGCUUCCGCGUGUGCCGGACGAAAGCAGACAAAGAUAUCGCUUAUGCUGUUUUCCUGUCGCAUGACAUCAGCUUCUUGCGCCUCUUUGAGACCUUCCUGGAAAGUGCCCCUCAGCUUGUCCUGGGGCUCUACAUUAUCCUAUGCACAAAGAAAGCAGAGAUAUUUCAGGUACUUGGGAUUUGCACCUCUUUCCUGUGUAUCGCCUGGGCCCUCUUGGACUAUCACCAAACCCUGCGCAGCUUCUUGCGGGAGAAGCACAAGCUGGGCCGCCGGUCCUCCACCAUCUACUUCCUUUGGAACUUCCUGUUGGUGUGCCCUCGCAUUCUGUGCCUGGCGCUCUUCGUGGUGGUCUUCCCGAACUACAUUUCCCUCCAUUUCCUGGCGGUCUGGUCUGCCAUGUUUCUCUGGGUCACGUUGCAAGGUACAGACUUCAUGGAAUGCGCCGCCUUCGAGUGGCCUUAUCGGGCUGUGGUGGCCGUCAUUCUCUACUUCUGCUGGUUCAAUGUGGCCGAGGGGAAGACAUGCUACCGUUCUGCAAUCUACUACACAUUCCUCUUGGUUGACAGCGCCAUCCUUGCUGUCUCAUGGCUCUGGAACACCCUUCCCUUGAACUACGACUCCCACCAUGUGGCCCAUGCGCUCUACGCAGCCCUGCCCUGCUACGUAGCCGGGAUCCUUUUGAGAAGCGUCUACUACAAAUGUUUGCACCCUACUUUGCAGGCUGCAGUCCCGGUCACUGGUGAUGAAAUAGACAAUAGAGAGCCAGCCGGCAAAGGCGUGCCAGCUUUCCGGCAGCUGGUUGUACGAGGUCAUGGUGACCAAGAGGCUAUACGGGGACAUGUCAACCGUCGGGCAUAUGGACUUGCACAAAGCUUCUUUGCUGGCUCUUCAGAGAUUGCACAGCAUCAAGGAAAUGGGACUCUUGGGGACAGCUGUUUGUGAGCCCAGCUAUAUGUUGUGUCCCACGUGGCCAAGACUUAUUACUAGAGAGGCGAGAGGAGUUCUGGGGUGUGUGUGUGUACCCAUAUUUUGGUCUGUACCUGUCAAGAUGACCCCAGGCCUGCCUUUGAACAUUAUUUUUUUAAUGUAAGAGUAUUUUCUAGCUUUGCAGGGACAUCAUACAGGGCAGUGGGAUUGGAGGGGAGAUGGUUGAUCGCAUCACCGUCGUUUAUUUUUCCCAUAUGGUGUCCCUCUUACGGCUGGGGUAGACAACACGUUGCUCUCCAGAUGUUAUUAAUCCCAGCAAACAUGGCCAACAGAAGGAGUGAUGGGAGUUGUAGCCAGCAACAUCUCAAGGGCACUACGUUGGCUAUCCCCGCUCUAAGGAAUUCAUGUCAUCACAUGCUGAUCUUCACAGGAGUGUUGUUGGCCUCAUUGCAACUCAUGUAUCACCUGGGUGGGGGCACAGGUACAUGUUAAAGCUGCCUCCAGGAUCACCAGCAUGGGCUAAGCCUAGAAGAUGAGGCCUGGAAUGUGGUUUCCAUGCUUCUUGGCCAGAGGUGGGUAACCUGUGGCCCACCAGAUGUUUCUGGAUUACAACUCUCAGCAUCCUUGGCCAUGCUGGCUGGAGCUGAUGAGAGUUGGAGUCCACCAAAAACAAGACUGCUACAGGUUGCAUCCACCCUUGCAGAUGUUCAUUUCAGAUACAGGUUAUGGUUGCUACAGCCCUUGGCGCACUCUUAGAAAAAUGCACCCCAUCCUGGGUUUUUUAAAUCUCCUGUGACACCCCAUAUUGACUUGGAAGAGUUGUAUGUGUGCAAGGCAUCCCUCAACCUGUAUACCUGUUGCAUUCUUCAUUGUGGCAUUAAAGGAGAGGAAACUUUACAAGGGAAGACUGUGGCGCUGACCUCCUCGCUGUAGCCAAUAGGCUUUAUUUUGUCUUCAGGAGACAGCUCAAAUAAUUCUGUAAGCUUCAUUGCUUUAGCUGUCCCUUGAUUGAGUCAGGUGCUAUCUAUGCAAGAUCAUCUUAGCCAUCCCUUGUUGGGCAACUGACACAGGAUCCUAGAACCUGAACCUUGUUAGGCCAUAGUUAAUUAGUUUAUAAUGCACUUUUGGAGACUUUUAUUCAUUCCCUUGCUGUUUCCUCUCUCUUGUUCUGUUCUGACGUUCUUGUCCCAUUGAGUGACUUAAACCCUUAGCUUCAAUGAAGCUUCUACUUGCUGCUGGCUUUAUGUCACCAAAUGGCCCAUUCUCAGAGCCUGUUCCAUGAACAGCCUUACAAACUGGCACACCAGUCCCAGGUUCUUCUUUAUAGGAGCCACAAACAUGUGCCCCACAUUUCUAGGUGGAAUUGUUCUCCCUCCCCACUCACUUGAUGUAGUUAAAGAUAAAAUGCUUCCGGUGUUGUUACAGCAAUGUGUUUCAGAUGUUCAAAUUGUUGAGCCUGAUUAUUGUUAUUAAAAAAAACCCCUGAUCUAGGGCUCAAGUGCAAACAAAUUUUUAUUCAACUGGCACAUUAAUAGUCUCCUGUAUUUUCUUUUUCGAGUGAAAGCAGCUGUGGGAGGCUGCAGGUUUGAGUGGAGGGAUGGGGGGAGGGAUAGUGAAAAAGAGAGAAAGCGGCUGCUUAAUCCUUUCCUCUUCAGCUGUUUUUCUUCUCAAACUUUAUCCCAACCUGCUUUUUCACUCAUAGGGGAAAGGAUAUGAGUAUUGUGCCACUGAACCUCCCUCUCGCAUUCCUUCCCCCAGGUCACAGCCUCCUGCAACUAUUUUUCAUUAAAAAUUGGAUGUGCCCUUCCUGCAUAACUUCAGCCAUAUUCCCGAGUUAUUUGGGUAUAAAGGGCACUCACAUGUUGAAGUUGGAGCAGGGCUGUGUUGUGGUCCCACCCUCAACAUAACAUCCCCGGGGUAGCCCCCUACUCCCAUGUCCUUGCAAUCAACACAGUUGAUUGAUUGGCAAAGGAACCCUUAUGCAUGAACACCUGCUCGUGUUUAGUGGGUUGGUUUCAAGACACCCGUGCGCUGGGAGUGGGUGGAUGGGGGGUUAAUCUGGGGGUGCGCCAUCAGGAGCAGGGGGCAAGCAGCACAGUCCCAUUCCUUACCCACUGGAAUGCCCAACGCAUGAGCAGAGCUGUUGAGUUGGGCCUUCAGUUUAAAGCGAAAGGAGCCCAAACCCAAAGCAUGCUAAUUUGAAGGAUUUUGAAGUGCUUCCACAAACCACAGUUUGAGUAGGCUUCCGUCUUCCUCCGUUCCUUAGGUAGCUGCCGGGUUUAGUGGAUUUUCUUCAAUUAGCCGCACCAGUUGUGAGAUGUUUGACAUGAGAUUUAUGGCCCUUGGGGCAGAACAGCAGCAGCCCACAAAAGUGGAGUCCACAGGCCUAUAAAUCACGCAGGCUUCUAGAGAGGCGUUCCCUUGCCUUUGCUUUACACAUGCGCAGAAAUGAAGCCACAUAAGCAGAAGAGCAAAAGUAACUUCACAGGGACAGGCUUGAGGAAGAACAAAGCCAUAGAUUCCUCUAUCAGCAAAUUCCUCCACUUCUUCACAGACAUCACAACUCUUUUACAACACCCAACACUGUCUUCAUGCUUUGUUUUACUGCCUGUACACCUUAGGCUAUCUAGGGAUAUGUACAGCAACACUUUUUCCACCAUACAGGGAUGACUUAUUUUUAUUUUAACUGGGAGCCCCACUAAAGCAUUUCCCGCUACCCAUUCAUUCUCUCUGCUUUCAGUCACGUACAGCAUGCAUUAAAUUGGCUGUAUUACAAUUGAAUCCCUGCUUGCCUAACAGUGGUUCACCCAAAUCGGCUGACACCAUUUUCUUGUGGGUAGUGCUGUUUUGGCUAUGUGAAGGCUCCAUAAUUGCAGAAUGACUUCACCGUUAGUCUGUGCAGAAUGUGGAGGGAAUGAGCAGAGAAUAUUUUCUCUCAGAAUACCAGAGCAUGGGGUCUUCCUGUCAUAAGAACAUCAGAUGAGGCCUUGCUGAGUCAGACCAGAGGCUGGCCUGUACUUACUUUUAUCUGUCCUGAAUCUUCCAACCUUUGGAUGUCCAUGAAUUCUGGUGUCACGAGAGGGAGAAAAACUCCUCUCUAUCUUAUGCGGCUUAGGACCCUCGUACCUACGGGACCGCCUCUCCCGGUAUGCCCCGCAGAGGACAUUACGGUCCACAAAUAAUAACAUAUUGGAGAUCCCGAGUCACAAGGUGGCUAGGCUGGCCUCGACCAGGACCAGGGCCUUCUCAGUACUGGCCCCGACCUGGUGGAACGCUCUGUCCCAGGAGACUAGGGCCCUGCGGGAUUUGUCAUCUUUUCGUAGGGCCUGCAAGACAGAGCUGUUUCGUUUGGCCUUCGGACUGACGCAGUCUGACCCCACGGUUACCCUCCCCUAAGGUUUUAUUUAUAAUGGUUUUAUCUUAUUCGUAGAUUUUUAAUUUUAAAAUUGAAUUUUAACAUUGUAUUAUUCUGUUGUUUUAACUGAAAUGUUUCUUUUAUAUUUGUGUUGAUAUUAUUUGUUGUUAGCCGCCCUGAGCCCGGUCUUGACUGGGAAGGGCGGGGUAUAAAUAAACAUUAUUAUUAUUAUUAUUAUUAUUAUUAUUAUUAUUAUUAUUAUUAUCCACUGUCUCCAUGAAGGGAAGGCCACCAGCCAGUCACAAGCCCAAUAGCAUUCUGUCACUCCUGCCAUUAAGCUGCCGCAGAUCUAAAAUACUAGAGAGAAUGGAAACUUCUGACAGGAAGUUUGCUUCACACUGUGCAUAUACAGUAGAGCUUUAUGGAAAUCGUGCCUUGUCUCCAAAAGAGGAAGAAACCUUUUAAUAGGACCUUCCUCUCUCCAGCUUUUCAACCCAACCGCAGUGUGAUAUAAUAUAGAAUGUGCACCUGAGUUAUCAAGUUCUUUGUGCAAAUCAACAGUAGGUGAUGCUGUCUGCUGCAAAGAACACACCCCGGGGAAACUUUAUUACGCCUAAGAAGAAUGAACUUGCCCUUUUCUCCCAGCACUUAGGCAGAUGAAUUCUUGAGGUCCUCAUCUGCUCUGAUAGUAAAGAGUCCUUAGAUGAGUCAUUUGAAAACAGACAAAUGCCUAUUUGUUUCAAUUCAGCCAGCAAAUGGUAUUCCACAAUUGGGUCAUGCAAGAUAAGGCUUUUUAUCCUUAUUCUGUUUGAUUGAAUUUGCAUUAUUGCUGGUGCCCUGAGCACCACUGAGUGGAACAGCAGGGUCCAUAAAUAGUUAACACAAAAGCCAAUCAACCAGUUGAAAGCCCCUAGCAUGAUAUCGUGAGCCUGUGGCACAGCUCAUAUAGGUUAGCACACUUAAGGGCUAAACUCCAGUUUCUAUUAGCCAUGUGUUUCAGCAAGUGUGCUUAACCUGGCUACUUUUAUGUUGGAGCAAAAGCAUUCCUGAGCUGAACCGGGACCUCGAACAGAUUUCCUAUUGAAACUCUCCUUCCCUCCCAGCUGUUUUUCCUGUACUUUCCUGCCCCGCCCAAGAAAUUUGUUUGC